GUAUGAACGGAUACGAUCGUUCAGUUAGAAUCAGCUCGUCGGCAUUGAUCUCGCCCAACUGUACGCCUAAACGUAAUCAUGUCGUUGAUACGUAAAUUGACCCUCGCCUACUUACUUUUACACUUGACGACUUCACUGACUGCUCAUCAGUGCGACCACUCUUAUCUCAAAUGCGAAGAUAUCCCCACGAGUCCGAGCGGAACGAGUCGGUUGUGCGGCGCGGAGCACAUACCGAAGCGGGUGAAUUACACGGCACUGACCUCGAUCGGCUCGAACGGCACCGAAGCAGGUGUCUUGCGAGUCCGUUUCGAUACGCACCCCGAAGCUGGCUGUCGUUACAGAGUAGUUCUGAUGGUCGAUGAUCGCAUAAGCGACGACGCGGAAUGCGACCGUCACGUCUUCAAACGGAAACGAGUCUCGCAGACGUUCAGUCGCGAACUGACCAUCUGCCCGCGAGAAGAAGCUCUGGAUACGGGCGAGUACAAUUAUAUGAUCGAUCAUAAUUUUCCGCCUUCCGGUCAGAGCUGCAACUCGACGGACUACGAGGGAUACAAGCUCGAUCUACUGUUCAGGAACGCGUUUACCGGUUGCUACGGACUCGGUUUUAUCACGGAUUCCGGGGAAAUGAUCGUUCCAACGAGACAGAUCGUUGAAACCGAUUACGUGAUGACUACCAUUGGCAAAAUCCAAGGCCAAUGUAGGAUCGAACGAAAUCCAAACUAUUCUGCGCGAACCAAACAAGGCAAGUUUCCGGUGUCGAUUAAGGUCGAGGUUUCUAAAAUUCCUAAGACUUACGCCGCUAUGAAGAUAAAAGUAAUCAGUGAUAAGAGUCAUAAAUAUCUGGUCGACCACGAGUACCAGCUAAAACCUUACGGAAAAACGCAAUACGUAGAAAUUCCCCCUCAAAUAAGUUACAAUGAACAUAGUAGUACAUGUAAAUUAAACCUGAACGACAUUUACGUUUCUUCGAGUGUGCCUGCUGGAGUAAACGUUUUGUGCCACUACGACGAAUGGUCCUUCGAACCAAAUCAAAAGCACAAACUGGUGGUGCAAAUCGAGGACGAUCGAUGCUCGGACGGACUUCUUUGGCAUUCCGGGAGGCAAAGAGGACAGGAAAAACGUUGCGUUUUCGAAACAAAUUGUGCCCUUGUUGGAGACUUCAGUACUCCACCGAAGCCAUGGACAAAGAAUUUGCUGUCAAAUUUAUACAAAUUCUUCAUUCAAGGAAAAACAGAAGAAGUAUUCUCUGAGAUUAAAUCAAGUACUGGGCUCCAAUCGGGUAGCCUGGCAGAAAAUAUUGUCUUCGAAUUUCUAAAAAACAUUCGCAUUUAUGCAAUUUUGAUUGUACCGGGUUUAAUUUAUAUACAAUAUGCGAAAUGGCUGGCUCGAUAUCUGGGGAUGGAAGGCGAGGUGUUUGACCGUAACCUUUUUUAAUUUUACAUCUUAAAAAUUGUAAAUAUAACGAUAGCACAAAUCGUGCUGUUGAUUUUUAUAAAAUUGUAUGUUAGCGUUUGAUGCAAACCACGGUAUGGUUAUUAGUCUGAUUUUAUGUGUCACUUUUUAAUUGUCAAUAGAAAAAUACGUGUGGAUGACCAUGGACAUUGUAAAAAUGUUAAAAAUAGAGAAAAAGUUUACCAUAACUGGUAAUAUUGAACUAUCAUCUUGCAUUCUUUAUAAUUAUUAACGCUUUUUUGUAAAAAAACAAAACACUCUAAAUAUAUUAUAUAAACAAUUAUAUAAAUGU